ACGAGGGAGUCCUCUGCCCGCCAGCCCUCCCCUGCCGCCUCUCUCCACGCGCCUUCCGCCGCCUCGAUUCCGCCUCCGCCUUCCAUCUCCAUCGCCGCCGCCAUAUUCUGCCCCGUCCCCGAAGCCGACUCGGAGACGCGGACCAACGCGCGCCAGCCGACCAAACACGCGGCGGCCGUCGCCUUAUAAUGGACGGCGACGAGCCACCGGAGCGCACCCUCUCUGUACGUCGCAGCCGCUAGGGUUUCUCGCGCGCGGAUGGGCUGCACUACCUCCCACGACGCCUUCGCCGCCACGGUCACCUCCAGGGCGCGCCGCGCCUCCUCUUCCUCCUCGUCGCGCCCGCGGGGCCGCGCCGACCCCGCCGCGCUGUGCCGCGAGCGCGUGGCGCUCAUCCGCGCCGCGGCCGACCGCCGGUUCGCGCUCGCCGCCGCGCACGCCGCCUACUUCCGCUCGCUCGCCGCCGUCGGGGACGCGCUCCGGCGCUUCGCCGCGGCCGCGCUCGCGCCGGCCACGCCCGCGCCCGGCUCCUCGCCGGUGCUCAGGCUCCCGCCUUCCCCCGCCAAGCAAGUCGCCGCGGCCACAGCGUCCAGCCUCCCGCCGUCCCCGUCCUCGGCGUCCACCAUCUCGUCGCUCUCGCACUCCCUCUCCGACGACGACCACGACAUCGAGGAGGCUCUCCAUGACGCCAAACACGGACGCGGCGGCGGAAGCGACAAGGGGUUGUCGUCGUCCACGAGGCACCACCACCACUACAUGAGGAGGUCGUCCACCGUGCCCACCGUAGUGUACGAGGACCCCAGCGCCCAGGUCCAGUACACCCAAGCCGAGACCAGCUACGGAUACGGCUACGGGUACGCGUACCCGUACGGGCCCUACGGCGAGGUGGUUGCCGGGGAGAGACCGGAGCCUGCGCCGAUGCAGCCCGGACCGCCGCCUUCGCCGCCGACCGCGGAGGUUUCUCCGUGGGAUUUCUUUGACCCCUUCACGCAGUACGACCAGUUUGUGGAGGGCUUCUCUGGCGGGAAUCAGCCAACCAACAGCCCCAACUACGCCGAGCUGAGGAGGAUGGAGGGAAUCCCGGAGCUUGAGGACGAGGCGGAAUUGGAGGCCAAGGCGGCGGCGGCGACAUCGAAGCCAUCGACUUCCGGGGUUGCUGACCAAAUUGCGAAGGGGAAGGGACCAAUUGCAGACAAUGCCGCCUCAAAUGGCAAUCCUUCUGGCGGCAAGCUGCAGAGGAAGGGAUCGGAACCAGCUCCUGGUGCCAAGCUACAGAGUAAGGGACCGGAGACAGCUCCUGGUGGCAAUUUACAGAGGAAGGGAUCGGAGACAGCUCCUGAUGCCAAUGCUGAGGCAGGGAAACCAGUUUCCAGGAUCAACUCAGUGCCAAGCAAUGCCAGCUCGAAGAGCAAGGAAGGGGGCAAGAACACGGCCAGCCUAAGGGGUACUGUUAGUGGCGACAUUGAUGGCAGCAGCACCAGUGGGAAGAAGAAAGAUGUGGCCUUCGAUGAGGAACAGUCCAUCAGAGCAGAAGGAGGUGGUGAUAGCCAUGGCAAGUCAGUGCAGUCGGCGGUGAGCAGCGAGCCAUUCUCGCCAUUGCAUCAUGGGACGAGAGAUGUCAGGGAAGCAAUGGACGAGGUCAAGGAGCUGUUCGACGAGGUGGUAAACUGCAGCACAGAGGUCUCAAGGCUGCUGGAGGUGGGGAAAAUGCCUCCCCGGAGCACCCCCAGAGUUCUUAGAUACAUCUCUUCCAGAGUGGUUGAUCCUAUAGGUCUUACCGUGUCAACAUCGUCUUGCCUCCCAAAACCACAUGGCAGGAAGUCAAGAGCAUCAAGCAGCAAGGCGAGCACUUCAGCCUCGCCAAGUGCUGGUCGAAGAAAUGGUAUUGGCCACCUAUCAUCAACUCUGGAGAAGCUGUGGGUCUGGGAAACGAAGCUCUAUCAGGAGAUUAAGGAUGAAGAGAAGCUACGGAUGCAGUAUGAGAAGAACUACAGGAGAUUGAAAUCUCUGGAUGAACGAGGAGCUGAAUCAAGUACAAUCGAUUCCACCCGGCUGACGGUAAGGCUUCUACGGUCCAAGAUCAGCAUCAACGUUAGAACUGCCAAUGCCUUCUCGUCAAAGAUACAGAAGAUUCGAGAUGAAGAACUUUACCCUCAACUGGUUGAUCUCAUCCAAAGGUUCAGAAGAUUGUGGAAAAGGGUUCUGGAAUGCCAUGAGAAGCAGCUAUUGGCCAUACAUGACAGCAAAAUUAACCAGCUGAAGGCGAUGACCCUAAGUCAAUCUGGAGAGGCUUCAGAGGCCUCAAGGGAAUUGGAGAGGGAGCUCACAAAAUGGUAUCGCUGUUUCAACAAGUGGAUCAGCUCGCAAAGGUCUUGUGUUGAGGCACUGAAUGGAUGGCUCAAGAAAUGGCUCCCUGAGGCGCCGGAGGAAGAUACAGCCGAUGGAGUCCCACCUUUCUCUCCAGGAAGGCUUGGCGCGCCACCUGUAUUCAUCAUCUCAAAUGAUUGGUUCCAAGCGAUUGAGAUGGUCUCCAAGACUGACGCCCUGAGAGCAAUCGACCAUUUCUCUAAGCUUGUGCAUGAAUUCAAGAAGAGCCUGGAAGAAGAGCAACGUCAGAAGCGGAAGGCCGACCAUGCUUCCAGAGAUUACAACAGAAAGUGCGAGGUUUUGCAGGGAGAACUUGGGCUGAGUACCAUGGAGAACCCUCGCUACAGCCAUGAUGACCGUGUAAUUUACCUGGAAAGGUUGAGGAAAAGAAGGGACGAGGAGAGGAUCAGCCAUGAAAAGAUCCUAACUCAUGCUCAUGUUGCAGCCUCAGCCACUCUGCCGAUUGGUUUGGUCCCUGUGCUGCAGCAGAUCGCCAGCUUCUUUCAGAAAAACCAGCAGGUCUACAUGCGAAUCAGAAUUCAAGGCACUUGAGCCUUCAGACUGCGUAGAAUAGAUUCCAGUGAAAGAUUUAACACACCAGAGUUCAGUUUACAACAGGCACAUUUGCGGUUGAUGCGGCGAUCAAUAGUAGAGCACUUUUUGUAUAGAAUUAUAGAUAUAUAACUUGGGGUUAGGCUGUUUAGCUCUUACAAUUCGUGCAGAAAUGUUAGGUCCUACGUUACUCUGACUCAUGCUCUGUACAGGGUAGUACCGUUCAGAGGUUUUAGCGAUUAAUUAUUUAUUCUGUACAUGGUACAGAAUAGUCACUUAGUAGUAUGUGUGUUCAUGGCUUCAUGUACCACUUAUUUGAAGCACGAAUUAGUACUUCAACAAUGUUGAUUUUAA